GAUAUUCCGAACGUUUGCGUUACUUUAAGGUGACGUUAGUGACUGUCUAAUAUUUAAUAUUCGCUAUGGAAAAUCAGAUGGGUAGGGUUUUUCUUUUCAAAUUAUCUGCCACAAAAAAGAUAGAAACCUGGAGUUUUAUGCAGAAGAAGUCAGGAAAAGGCAGGAUUUGGAGAAAGAAAAGGAGGGAGAAAAACAGUUCCUUCGUACCUCACUACGUGCGUCUAGUCGUCUGCGAGCUAUUGAACAAUACAGGAGAAUCAUUAGAAAAGAUGAAUUUAAGAAGGCUGAAGUAAAUCAAGCAUUUGAAGAUGAUUCAAAGGUUGAAAGUAGCACAGAACUCAUGGAACUUUUGUGCUAUCUGCGGACGAAGAUGCCAGUUCUAAGAGAAGAGAAUGAGAAUAAAUUUCAAUCAUCAGACGUCACACUUCCAACAAAUGAAACUACUUUGGAUUCCGAAACAGAACAGUGGGAGUGGCUUUUAAACGUUCUAUCCGAUCCAAGUUUAUCAAAAGCAUUUCUUAUGCAUGACAAAGUUGCGAAAGCAUAUGAGACUUGUAAAAGUGUUAUGCAUCCUAAACCAAGAUAUCGUUGGCCUGUUUUAGCUGGAUUGGCAUACGACACAAUGGAAGCUGUCAAAGAACAGUUAUUAACUGCAUUGAAGAAUCCGGGUCAAUUUGAUGCGUUUACUUUAAAUUGUAUUUCCGCAAUACUUAAUUUAUGCUCAUCCCCUGUAUUUCAGAACUUAUUAAUUGCUAUGGAUGGAUUAGCAAAUAUAUGGCUAUUUGAUGCUGAUGAAGAUUUUGUUGCAUCUGAAAGUUUUGACAUGUCAGAGGAUAUCGAUAGAAACUCUAUUUCUAGUUCAUAUAUUCAAAAAUCUUCUGUCCCAGGUUGUUACGCUACACUUGCAUACGAUGAUCAAGGUCGUGACUCCUAUUCAGAACAUGGAGUUAGAUUAAAAUAUGUAAUUCUUCAAAAAACUGGUAAUGAAUUUUUGGGAGCUACAGUUCGUUUGGAAAGAAAUUCAAUUCUAAUUGCUCGGAUUGUUAAUGGGGGUUUAGCUUGUAAGACACAUCUUCUUCACGAAGGUGAUGAACUGUUAUCUGUCAAUGGAAUUGAACUAAUGGGGAAAGAUUUGAAUACAGUAUGUGAUAUCAUGGCUUCACUACAUGGGAGAAUUGUUCUUCUUGUUGCACCGGCACUUGAUCCAUAUUCAUCAAUAUCGACUAAAGGAAUUAUACAUCUACGUGCAUUAUUUACUUAUGAACCCACUGACGACCGUUAUAUAGCAUGUAAAGAAUUGGGUUUAGGAUUUACCAAAGGAGACAUUAUACACGUUACAGGCAGGAAAGAUCCAAAUUGGUGGCAAGCUUAUCGGAGUGAUGAAGAACGUGGUUUGUCUGGUGCAAUAGGAACAUUAGCUGGUCUCAUACCUAGUCCAAUUUAUCAACGUAAUCGUGCUAUAUUACGCUUAAAAUAUUGGUUAACUAGUGGAACUGAAGACAUUGAAUUGGAAGAAGAUUCAACAGACUCUGAUUCAACUGGAUCAACUGUUAAUAAAGCAGAAAAGCCUACAAAUAAAUCGAAAGAAAAGAGGUUUUUGGGAAUAAAAUUUCUAACACUUAAAAAUACACACUUUGGUAGUAGAUCUACCUCACCAUCAGGUCGAGAUACUAAUCAAGCUGAUUCAAAAAGUGAACUGACAUCUGUGAAUACAAGUGAAGGUGAUUUAACGGAUGGAGUUGUAUCUACACCAGAAGAUGAUUCACGUUGUGUAAUGAAUAGUACUGUGUUAAGUUCAGCUUAUGGUGAUCGUAUGUCUGGUUUAACAAAACCUACUGAUCUUUCCUCAGUUAAUGCAAUCAAUGAAUGGUCAGCUGCUGGACCAGUAUGGGGUCAACAUGGUUAUGAUCUUCGAACUUUACGUGCACAUCGUAAACGAAAUAGACGGAAACUCUCUUCAACAAACAGAUCAUCUCCAUGUCUAGAAGGUUUAAGAUCUUGGAAAAAAGAUAAAAACCAUGGCGAGUAUUAUCCAUCUCUUGUUCCUGUCCCAGACAAUGAAUUACAGUCGAGUGAUGAUCCUGUGGCAUGGUUAGAUAAAGAAGUUGCUCGUGGUUAUAUGAUCCAUUAUAGUUUAUGGACUUAUGAACCUGUUGCUCAGUAUAUCCCACAACCACUUCGUAGACGGCCACUUGUGUUUGUUGGGCCAGCACAUGUUGGACGGCAACAAAUUUUACAGCAUCUCAUUCAACGAGAACCUGAUCGAUUUUUUCAAGCGUCUAUUUGUAAGUCAUUUUGUUGUCUUUUUGUGUUGACAUAAAUUUUUUGUCAACAAAAAUAUUGAUCUACGGUAAUUAUUUUGACAAAUAGGUAUGUAAUAUCUUACAACUUUAGCUACUUGACUACGUGUUAUGUAUGGUAAAAUCCAAAAUAUUUUAUGCAAACACUUGAAACUUCAGAGAAUAUAUUACAUCAUGUGUUUAUAAAAGAUCUCUACUAUGCACACAUACUAAGGCUAUCAAUAUUAUUAUACAUGUCUGAAUAUACAUUACAGUGAGAUACUAGCUUCUAAAACCUUUAUUCUUGUCACUUAUAUAGUACCCUUUCAGACGAAUAAACUUCUUUAGUUAAGCAUCAACUGUUAUUUUGUAACGUGACAUUUAUUACAAGUAACACAUCUAGUUUUGAGUUUAUCACUGUUCUUUCAAACAGUUUCAUUUCGAAAAUCAUUUGUGGUGAUGAUGCUAACAGUGGUUGAAUAAGUAUGAUAGUUGAUCGGCUUUUAGCAUAAAAUAUGAAUUACAUUAUAGUAUCUGUUAAUGCUACUCCAAAGAAAUCUCUACGGAUAUUAUUUAGCGAAUCUGUUUAACUAUCUAAAAUGUAGUAAAAUAAUCUAUAAAAUUGACUUUUUUAAUAAAAUGAAUGUAUUUUUAGCUAGCAAUAAAAUCCAGGAGCCAGGUUUUUUGCCAUUUGGGACUCGUUAGCUGGAUGUGCUCACAUUUUGUGGUGAUUUUCACACGAGACUCGAGCCCAGUGCUGUUCGCGUCAAACAUCCAACACGUUAUUCCUCGAGCGACUAAGUGCAGACAGUCACCCACUUAAGCAACAAAUGUUAUGAAUAAAUGUUCUCUAACGGUGAUAUGAAUAUUACUGAUGGUUUAUAAUUUAUCUUUGUUGAUAUUCAAGACUAAAUUUGAUCAGUUUUUUGACAUAUAUACAUAUUGAACAGUGGUCUCGAUAUUACCUCCUGGUAACAAGAUUUAGUAUAAUUGGAUUGUGAAUGUCGGUACUAGGAUUCAGGUACAUAUAGUAUAUGAAUUCUGAAGAAUUUAAUAGUAAGCACAUUUCGAAUGUAUUAAAACAUGAUUAAUAUGUCUAAAAUUUAUCAAAUAUAUUUUCACAUUAGUUUAUUUGUUUGUUAAUCCUAAAACUUCUAUUAGACGUUUGUGCUGAUGAUGUCGUUCAGAAGAACGAUGAAAGCUCCACGACCAAACCAUCCAGUUCAGAGAACAAAACUCAAUCAAAAUCAUCCACCUGAGCUACAAAUCUUCUCCAUGAUAGUAUCUUUUUCUUACAUAAUUUUAAAUACUGAGUUGAAUCUGUAUUAGAAACAUGUAAAAUAACUCACUGUACAGUAGGAUAAGUCGGGUUUUUUUUGUGUAGAAUGGUAUUCAACUAUUCUUCUUUAUAAAUAAUAAUCAGUACUUUACUACCAUUUGAAAAGUCAACAGUUACUCAUUUAUCUUGUUCAUUUUAUAAAUAUGUAAUCAUUCAUUGUUUUAAUCCAUUAAAUAUUUUAUUGACUUUGUUUGUUAGAAGCAGUAGUCUUUGAUUAUGAUUGCCAACUAUGCUGUCAAUAUUCCUUUUUUAAUAACAUCGUAAUUGUUUCCUUUUUUUCUUUUAAUUAUUCUUUUAGAUACAACAAAUUCAAAUUUGAAGGCAGAUACGAAAUUUUCUUAUAUUUUUAUUACAGAAGAAGAGUUUCGAUUAAAACGUAAACAAAAGGAAUUCAUUGAAUGGGGAUUAUUUAAUCGUGAUUAUUAUGGAACUAGUAAAUUAACUGUACAACAAUUAGUAAAUGACGGAAAAAUAUGUUGUAUAUCUUUAAGACCUGAUUCUUUACGUAAAAUACGUUCAAGUGGUCUUGAUCCAUAUGUAAUAUUUAUUUCACCGCCAGAACGAGUAGAUGAUCUACAACAUUUACGUAAAAAUUUAAAUCUAACUGGUAAUUGUUCUAAUGAUGAAUUGAAAGCAUGUAUUGAAACAAGUCGUAAAAUGGAAUUACGUUUUGGUCAUUGGUUUGAUAGAGUAAUUAUUCCUGAAACAUUGGAUUCAACUGUUACAGAAUUAAUUCGUUUAGCUAUUAAACUUGAACGUGAACCAACUUGGGUACCAAGAUAUUGGUUAGAUUUGGAUUAAAUCAUUGAUUGUAUGGUUUUUCUUUAUUACUUUUAAAUCUGGCAUUUCUUCUUUUUGUUUUCUAUUCUAUUUACUGUAUAUUAAUCUUAUGAAUAAAACUGCUGAAAACUAAAUUGAUUAGUAACAUUAUUGUAUCCAUGAAAAACAAAACAAAACAUAUCAACAGUUUAAUAUUGCUGAUUUUGACAAUGAAAAUGUAUUUUUUUGUCUUUUCUUUUUAGGGUGUACUUUUCUGUUUACCGUUUUGUGUAUUAUCGAUUAUUUUUUUUGUAAAUGAAUAGUUACCUUUUACAAGACUUAAUUUUAAUUACUAUUGUGGAUACUAAUUGUUUUAACUUGUUAAUUUAUUAUUAUUAUUAUUUUAUAUUUUGAUUUUGAUUCAUUGUUUCUAUUUCGUUCAUAUUUUGUUUUGUACGAAUAUGUAAUUAUUUGAUCAGUUUUUUUUAUACAAAAUAAUGAUACAGAAUAACAGAUUGAAUAGUUC